GUGCCCUUUAUUUGUUAAAUCGACAAAGAACAUAUACAAGUGGAGAAGAAGAAGAAAGUAGCAGAAGCAGUGAUGGUGCGAGCUUCAUCGUCGAAGAAAGGAGGAGCCAAAGGAGGAGGAGACAAAGAAGAUGCAGAGUCGAAACAGAGGAAGAGACUGAAAACCCUAGCUCUCGAUAACCAAUUGCUCUCUGAUUCUCCGGCGAAUUCUCAUUCCUCUCUCAAACCUUCAAAGCAAGUUCUGAAACACCAUGGUGCCGACAUCAUCCGCAAGUCUCAUCGCAAGAAUCGCUUUCUCUUCUCUUUCCCUGGUCUUCUCGCUCCUAUCUCCGGCGCCACCAUCGGCGAUCUCGAUCGUUUGUCUACGAAAAACCCUGUCCUUUACCUCAAUUUCCCCCAGGGUCGCAUGAAGCUUUUUGGAACGAUUUUGUAUCCCAAGAACAGAUAUUUGACUCUUCAGUUCUCUAGAGGAGGCAAAAACGUCUUAUGUGAUGAUUAUUUUGAUAAUAUGAUUGUGUUCUCUGAGUCAUGGUGGAUUGGGACAAAAGAGGAGAAUCCUGACGAAGCUCGUCUUGAUUUCCCUAAAGAACUGGUUCAGGCAGAGAAGACGGAGUUUGAUUUCCAAGGCGGUGCUGGAGGAGCAGCUUCAGUCAAGACGCUGUCGACUCCGGAAACUGGUAGCCAACCAACAGAGACAGACUCACCUGAUGUUGACAUGGAGGAUGUUUUGUCUGAGGAUGGAGAAUUCUUGGACGAUAAGAUUCAAGUAACACCACCAGUUCAACUAACACCAGUCCGACAAUCUCAGAGAAAUUCUGGGAAGAAAUUCAACUUUGCAGAAACUUCUCCAGAGAACUCCUCUGAUAAAAGUGAAGGCAAUACAUCUGAUGAAGAUGAGGAACCUCAGUUGAAACCUGAAUUUUCAAAAAGACGUCGCGAGGAAUCUCAAGAUGCUACUACAGCAUCAGCAAGCAAGUUGCCUACAGAACUUCCGGCCAAAAAGGAAAAAUCAAAGUGCAAAGACAGUAAGCUAGUUCAAGCUACAGUCUCUAACCUUUUCAAGAAAGCUGAGGAGAAAACAACUGGAACUUCCAAGGCGAAAUCAUCAUCAAAAGCUUAAAGAACUCUUUCCCAGAAGAAAUAGAUGUCUGUUGGUUCUUUGCUGUGAGAAUGAAGAGUUUUUAGUUUUUUUAGUUAUGUUUGUGUGAGACGAGAAAUGAGCAAUUGCUACAAGACUGAUGAUUAUAUUGCACAAAGCAAGAAUUGGAUAAUGGAUUUAUCAUGCUUAAUGGAUUGUUUGUGUUUAA